AAUGACCAAAAAUUAUGAAUCUCUCAUAAUGUUUCAGCUUUAUUAACGAAGUGGACUAUUUAAACUGGAAUUCAAUAGCUUCAAUAAUCAUUCAGAUACUUUUGUUAAAAAGAUUAUGGAAGCAAAAUUGCAGACUUUCGUCACUCUGUGUGUUAUACUUUUGGUUAAUGGUGCUGUUCUUAACACGAAUUCUAAUCAUGACCAACUGCAAGAUAAUGGUUUAACCAAUACGAAGGUCCAAGCAUUUGGUGGAAAACAGACAAAUAUAGCGCCACGGUUGGACAAAACACCAGUAUUUGAUAUGUUCCACAGACAGCCUAUCAUUGAUACAAAGACACACUUAGAUCAAUUGGACACUGAUCAAAGAACGCAGCUGAAUGAAUACUACUGGAAUUCAAUAUUCAACAAUUUAUUUAGGGAACUGAUGUCAGAGUUAAGACAGAAUGCAAAACCAGUAAAUAUAUUGACAAAUGUAAACGAGGAACAGGCACCUGUUAUAAAACACAGAUAUAAAGUUUCCAUAAUUGAUCCAAGAACCAUAAACCGCAAAAGACCGACGAAUAAUUUUAUUCAACCCACACAAGUUCUCCACAAUCCACCAUCGCCAAUAGUUAAUUCAAGAACUAUCGAAAGUGUGACAAACUUAAAUGAAGAACCAACUCCUGUAAUAAAUCAUCAAUACAAAGUGUCAAUAGUAGAUCCCAGAACUGGUGAUCAAGCAUCAUCUACAAAAAGUCCUGAUCAACCUGUUUCAACCAUCGACCAUUCGCAAUCUGCCGUAAUUGAUCCCAAAACAAUCGAAAGUUUUCCUAACUUAAAUGAUUUGCCAGCUCCAAUAAUUAAACAUCGAUACAAAGUGUCCAUCGUGGACCCAAGAACCAUCAAACAUAAAGAAACUACAAGAAAUCUUGAUAAACCUGGAUCAAAAAUUGACCAACUGCCAUCUUCAGUAGUUGAUCCUAAAUCAAUCGAAGGUUUUCCUAACUUAAAUGACUUACCAGCGCCAAUAAUCGAGCAUCGAUACAAAGUGUCCAUCGUAGACCCAAGAACCAUCGAACAAAAAGGAUCUACAAAAAAUAUUGAUAAACCUGGACCAAUUAUUGACCAAUUGCCAUCAUCAGUAGGUGAUCCUAAAACAAUUGAAGGUUUGUCAUCCUUAAAUGAAGAACAAGCGCCUAUGAUAGAACAUCGAUAUAAAGCGACAAUAAUUGACCCAAGAACGAUCGAACGAACAAGUUCUAAACAAAGUAAAGUUAAUGAAGCACUUAUUAUGCAAAAUAAUCCAACAACUGCAGUCAAUCAUGAAGUAAUCUCUAGUUUAUGGUCUACAAAUCAAGAAAAUGUUCCUAUUCCUGUUAUAAACAACCAAAACAACCCAUUCAGCAUAUAUCCAAUGAUUUUUAAACACUCGGUAUUUAAUGGAGGUCCCUUUAAUAGAAUGCCUUUAUACUCGAGAAGGUCAGACUUUACUGGUUCAAUGAAUGAACUAACUCCCAUAAGGAUAUUUUAGAUGGUAACUUUAUGUACAUUAUACCAGCUACUUUUAUGUAGAAUCCACAUUGAUCGAUGCAGUUUUAAACUUUGUGACCAGUAACGGUGUCUGGACAAAGUCAUAUCAAUAUCUGCAGUAGAAAAUCCAGUCUUUUCAUUAUGAAAAUAAGGAUAGCAUGAGGAGUAUAUUUGUUCAUGAGUUACAUUAUAUGAGAUCUUUAAAAAAAGAAACAAGAGGUAUUUUAAAGUGUUAAAAUACUGUUAAUUUCAUAUCAAUAGUGUAAUUAUUGAUUUUACAAAUAAAGUCUGUAAUCUAAUUUUU